AUGGACCACUUCGACGCAGGCUCGCUGCGCUCCUACCCAUCCACUGUCGCAUUGGAUAAUUGCCCUCCCUCAAACGCGAUUUCGCCAUGGCGGUCAUCCUCCUCUUCCGCUCCCACCAUUGAAGAUGAAUCGCGAGAGGGGCACAGGCGACGGCCCAGCGAGAUCCUCCUGGGAUUCCCUCGCCCUCCUAGCCGUGCACAUGUCGCAACGAAAACCCUCAUCUCGAGGCCUUCUAUCAAGACGCUUCGUAGGAAUUUUAUGAUUCACGAGCUGCCCCUUCUUCAACAGCCGAACCCGUACUAUGACGAAUCUGAAGAGUUCAAUCCUGUCUAUGACCCUGGCUUAUCCUAUGAUCUGAUUGCACCAUCGCACGAUACAAACGAAGCUCCGCCGCUUCAUGACCUUGAGCGUCUCGCUGAUCUCGUAUUCUCAUCGGAGCAUAUGCUCACCAUUCUGAACAACCCGCGCUAUCUUGCGCAAUUUCGCGAAUUCCUGCUUGAGGAACGUCCCCGCUCUCUCCAUCGGUUGACUUAUUAUUUGACGGCGCGCAAGGCUCUCAAGGCAAUAGACUACGCGAACGGCUUGGUGCGAUGCGUCGUCGAUGAUGCUCAGCCGAAAUCAUCAACGUCGGGGUUGUUAGGACAGAAGAUCGGAGAGAUCGCCCACCCGGCACUGCAACAACGAGUACAGGAGGCUCUCAAGGUACUCACUGACGAGGAACUCCCUGCAUUUAUUACCUCGCGCUGCAUCGGCAUUACCAGCCGGGUAGUGGAGGAAAGGGUCAGGGGGACCUUACCGAAAAGAUUUCAAAGAACAGACGAGGAGAAGGGGUUGGCGGAGGUAUUCUGUCUUACGGAUCCAUCGAGGCGGGACAAUCCGAUAGUUUUUGCUUCGGAGGAAUUCCAUCGCACGACACAGUAUGGAAUGGACUACGUGCUUGGUCGGAAUUGUCGGUUUUUGCAGGGACCAAAGACAAAUGCGAAUAGUGUGAGGAGAAUUAAGGAGGCGAUAGAAGCGGGGAGGCAUCAUUCAGAGUUGUUUCUGAAUUACCGUCGGGAUGGCUCACCAUUUAUGAAUCUCCUCCAAUGUGCUCCACUAUGCGACAGCCAUGGCAGAGUGCGGUACUUUAUUGGUGCUCAGAUCGAUGUUAGUGGAUUGGUUAUGGACGGCGUCCAGAUGGAAUCGCUGCGAGAUUUGCAACAGCAACAGAUGAGAGAUGGUGUUGAAGUGACAGAUGCACCCCUUGGGAUCCAGAAAGACGAGUUUCGUGAUUUGAGUGAGCUAUUCAGUCCACGCGAGUUGAAGGUCACCCAAGAUAUUGGAGGAAGUCUCUUCCAGCCGGUGACUUCUCCGGCAUUGCGCAAUAGCUCCCGGACAAAGUGGUCUGUUGCCGAUGGCGAGGAUUCUGUUGAGCCGAAGGCGAAAAGAGAGACAAGCAUCAUGACAGGUACAGCGUUGGUGGGCGCUUACGAGAAUAAUUGGGAGCAGUGCAGCAGUCAGGGAUGA